CACACCAAACAGAGGCAGCCCCUUUGGGCUGCUCUCUCUCCUUCUUCUCCUCCAUUUUUCAUAAUAGUUUUAGUUUUCUUUUGGGUAUUCAUAGAAUUUCUCACACAAGCUUCAAGAUUUCAUCAAGAGCUACAAGAUUCAAGCUUUAGAAAAUGGCGCCAUCUAAAUCUGUCCAAUCACCAAGCAAAUCUAAGGAUAAGACAUUGAAACCAAAGAAGACAAAGACAAAGUCCAAGUUAGGGGAGUCAUCAUCGAGAUCCUCUUAAGCAUCUAUUUCGAAGAAGAAGAAGAAAUCUAAGAAGAAGAAGGAUGAUGAAGAGACGGGGGGAUUGAAACUUCUGAAGCAGCAUUGUGUCACAAUGUCUCGUAUUUCAAAGCGCAAAAGCACAAGACAAAAGAAAACAGUUCUCUUUAACAGAAAAGGGACUCCAUGUGGGAAAGUGGCAAAGGAAAUGCAAUCAUACAUCGGUGUGUUAGCUCGCAGAAAGAUACCAAUAAUAAGGAAAACAUGGAGAGAAGUGACACCCGAGGAGAAGGAGAAAAUUCGGCAGCAUGUGCAGUGCCAUUUGUGCUUGGUCCUGAAAACAGAAAAAUGGUAAUUGAAUCUGCUCCAUCAAAAUAGAGGGAGUUCAAGUCUCGACUCACUACAAAUUACAUUAUCCCUUUCUUGGAUGACCCAGAAUCAUUAACGUAUCCUCCAGAUGAUUACAGAUUUAUUAAUGCAGAUCAUUGGACUUCAUUUGUAGCCGAACAGACUAAUGAAAAGUUUCUAGAAAUGAGUAAGACCCAACACUUGCGGUGCCGCAAGAAUAAAUAUCCGCAUCGAAUGUCCCGUAAGGGAUAUGCUGGGUUGGAGGAUGAGCUGUCUGAAUCAAUGGAGGAGAAGAAAUUGAUAGAGCAACACUAUGGAUUAAAGCACGUUAGACCAAGUAGGGCACCUUUAAGGAUGAAGAGACAAAGCAGUGCGCUGAAAAAAUUGUUACCUUGAAGGAGAAGGUUGCUAGUGGAAAACUAAACACUAGUGGAAGUGAUGAUGUAUUGACGUUGGCUAUGGGGACUCCUGAGCAUCCUGGAAGAGUGAGAGGCGUUGGAGGUUAUGUGAACCCCUCCGUUUACUUCCACUUCCCUAAACGUAUAAAGGAGAGCAUCCAAGAGGCGGUGAAAGUGAGUGUGCAGAAAAUUCUACAAGAGCAAAAAGAGAAGAUCAUUGAAGAAGCCAAGGAGCAGAUUUUACAAGAGCACAAAGAGAAGAUCAUUGAAGAGGCCAAGGGGCAGAUAAUUGCAGAAGAAAGGGCAUUUUGGGUUGCUAAAUUUACAGAGCUAGAAGCAAAGGUAGAUGGAAGGCAUAGUGGGACUCCUGAGAAAAGUAAUCUGCAUGUUUCUGUGGGUAGUUGUUUUCAAACCUUUAUUCACGGUGUUGGUGAAGUGAGAUGUGAUGUAAUGGAAGAAGCAGCGACUCGUUUUGAUGGGAAAUCAGUUCAAAAAUUUUUAGAUACGAUGGAAGAAAAGCUGGUGCCUAAAAGGGUUUCCAAGAAGAAGGAGAAGGAUGCCAAAUCUGUCCCCAUUAACCACAAACAGAAUGACCAGGGCAAGUUGGCUGAGGUGGUAGAUAAUGCAAAAUUGGAAGAAGAUCAAGCUCAGGUGCAUGAUGACCCUAUAGGGUCUACAGAUUUGACAACACAGCAAGAAAAAUCAAAGGUUAUAGGAGUUGAGAUUGAUGCCAAGUUGGCAUUAGGGUCAAUUGACCAUAUUGUAGCUCUAGCUACUGUUAUGGAAUGCGAUGACUCCUCCCUAACUUGUCAUGAUUAUCCACUAGGGGAUAAUAAUGUGCGAGUUUCAGUCUAUUGUGCUCUAGAUGAGAAAGCCUUAGUUCCAUUUCCUGUGGCCGAUGAAAUACUAACUGUUAGGCAAGCGAUGGGGAGCUGGGUAGCAUGGCCAAAAGAGCUGGUCAUAAUGUCACAUGACAAGAAAUUUACUAAGGAUAAAGCUGACAAGAGGAAGAGAAAAAAAUUAGUAAUGGAAGAAGAUGAAAAUGCUAAGGUACUUGCAAGCUUAAAGUCUUUAGCACCUUCCUUGCCAGCUCCAUUGAAGAUACUUUGCAAUUGGGGUGAAGAGGCAUUUCAAGAUGGGCGUGCUAUCACAUUUGAAAUGGAGUAUGAAGUAUUUGGGUAUCAACGAAAGACGUUUAUACUAGGAUCAGAUGUUGAAAGAAUUGCCAGCAUGAGGGAAGUUACUGGAAACUGCAUAGUGGUAUACCAGAGGUACCCUUUUGACGUAUUGACUUGAUAUAAAAUGCUGGAUAUAAUUGCUUUUGUUGACCCUUCAAUGAUCGGUGCAAUCGGGUAUGGGGACAGCCAUGCCAAGUCCCAGCUUUCAAAGGCAAAACCAAAUCAGAUUUUCUUGCUGCCUUAUAACGUAGAUAAUCAUUGGAUGCUUAUUAUUGUGAAUCCGGAGGAAGCCACUGUCUAUUUCAUGGAUCCAUUAAAGAGGCGGUUACCCACUGGAGAAUGGAGAUCAAUUGUUGAUAUUGCCAUUGCUAUGUAUAAUGCACAUAGAGGCAGGAGGAAAGGUAGGAGUUCAGUUUUGUGGAACAAUUUAGCGGGUAUUCCUCCCCAACCUAGCUCUACGGAGUGUGGCUACUUCGUGAUGAGAUAAAUGCGAGAUAUAAUUGAAGAUAAGGAUCUAUCGUUUGUUCAUAAGUGGGAGAGGAGAAGCAACUACAUGUAUAGCCAAGAAGACAUUGAUGUAAUCCGGAAUGAAUGGGCAAAAUUUGUCGUCAACUCAUAUAUGUAGGAGUCAUCAAGUUGGUUGAAGGAGAGGGCAAUUUGUUCAGUUAUAUAUGCUGAUACAUAUAUUCACAUGCAGCAUAUGUGCAUGUUUUUGGAACAAUCAAGUUGUAUUAGCUUUUGCUUUCUUUCAAUGUAAUUAGCUAGAAUGCCUUCUUUUUUG